AUGUCAUUCAAACUCCUUCCCGACCUCCCUGAUCUCACUUAUCAAUCAAAGCAUAAACAUGGAGAAGAGAAGGUGGACCAACAAUGGACUAUCAUCCCUCUUAAGGCAUUGGUCGUGCUUCGUGGACCUAAGAAAAAAUACUUACAUUUGGCUGCGAAGCGGUACAACUAUAAGACAUGCAACAAAGGGUUUCCAUCUAUUCGAGCUCUAUUUAGUCAUAUGCAUCCUCACAAGGUUCUCCCAACACAGCUGCAACCCUUACCCCCAAGUGUUCGGAACACUAGUACUACUCUUAACUUUAUCCUUGGAUGUAACUCUAAUAUGGAGAAGAGUAGGUUAACCAACAAUUGA